AUGGAUUCAUUUUGGCUGGUGGAGAAUAAUUCCGAAGAAAACAUCGACCAAAUUGACUAUUUCUCUAACAAUUGCAAUUAUCGACCGUUGAAUGAUUUGAAAUCAUUCGAACAAACUAAUACUGCACGAUAUCUGAAUGAACUUAUUAUGGAAUUGCAAGAACUAAAUGAAAUUGGAAUGGAAUAUCCAAGAUUACUGAUGCAUGUACAUAUUCUGCUUACCACUGAAUUAAACAAAGAAUGGCAAUCACAAACACUGGAAGAAGCCAACGUAACACUGCAAGAAAAGAUUGCAUUAUCAAAAGAGCAAAGUGUUGAGUAUGCACAAAAAGCAAAAAACUUACACUAUGAUUUAUUAAAACACUUAGAAAACGAAACAAAUUGUCAGAUUCUGAUACGUGGAAAAGGAUCACUAUUGGACCACCGCCUGGAAUCUCGUCUGAAGAAUUAUGCAGGUUGGGAGCAUUUAUCAGAACCGCUUCAUUUGCUAGUACGUGCAAACGAUUCAACAAUUACGCUUUGCACUAUGAAACUCACGAGUGGCGUACGAUAUGUAAAGCAAUAUCUCACGAGAAAGCGAUCCGCUGAUAGUAAUCAAAUGAAAGAACACCGAUAA